UCUUGCAUUCCUGCCAGGUAGCGGCGUUAGGGACAGAUGGCGUUGGUGGCGGGGAGUGGAUCACUGAAUUGGCCGGCAGGGCGGAGGGGAUAACGGGGGAUCCUCGUUACCGGACCGGGGAUAACGACCGAGUUCCGAGAAGGCUCAAGCAGGAUAAAGACUCGCAUGUCCUCCGGCUUGGAAACACUUUGAACGAAAAGAAGGGCGGACACCUUUGGAAGGCCCAAAGCCUCGGGAUAUAGUUGGCGUUUGAUCCUACUCUGGACGAUUGGGAGGGGAAUAGUCUCGGAACACUUUACGGUGGAACACUGGAGACCUCGGAUUUAAUGUUGGAAGGGCAUGUCGGGAAGCGAGCUAGCUAGCUAAUACAUUCUUUCCCUUGAUUUCAGCUACGGCAUUAGGACAGAAAGUGACUUAAAUGUUCUGUAACGUUGACCAGUUUUAUUAGAUUUUUUUUUACUGAUUUUCUAUCUAGAUAGUCGUUUUUAAAUAAUGUGGCUUGCUUGUAUUAUAAGUUAGCUGGGAAGACACUGAACUACAGAAUGCUUGAGUUGCCGACUGUAUUAGUGACCAUAUUCAGUAGUUAGGUAGCAGUCUGUUUGAGCAGCAUAGAUUGUUUGGUUAGUUGGCCUGUUCUGAUUUUAAGGUGAACCGUUUGUAAGUUAGCUGACUUGAUAACUUUUCUGCGACCAACAAUUUAUCCUUUGCAGCAGUUAAAUCGAUUCGCUAGAACGGUAGCGAGGCGCCUUAACUGCUAACUUGCACCAAUACCAGAACCAAAUGUGGGUAAGAACACACCCUAGUAUUAUAGAGACAGGCAUGUUACUAAAUUUGGAUUAUCAAUUGUGUUAGUUAUUUGGCUGAAACAAUUAUUUCGUAUAUAGAACAUUACACAUUGCAUUUCUGGUCUUGUAUUGAAAUCAGUUUCCAAUUAAGUACACGCUCCAAUUGGAUAUCGAUCGCCAUAAAGUUAUUCGUUAAUGUAGGUGUGAACAUUGGAGACGUAGCUAGCAGGCUAGCCGGAGAACGCCUGUCGACACAGCCGGAGAUCCGUAGUGUUAAGACUGUGUGAAGUUGGGGAAUGGGCAAUACGGUGGCAUGCUGCGUCUCCCCACGGGGGAGCCCGAAGAUCACCCGACCGCCAGACCGUCAGGAGGACUACCAGGUCAAUACCGACCUGAGUGAGGACACGGGCCCGUACCUGCAGCACAUCAGCGACAGAGAGGUGCCGGACGAUUUGGCUCCAGAGUCCAACCCCUCGGACCACGCCCGGGCCAGCACCAUCUUCCUCUACAAGUCCCAGACGGACGUGCGGGAUAAAAGGAAAAGUAAUCACAUAAACCACGUGUCGCCCGGCCCCCUCUCUAAGAAGUACAGCUCCUGCUCCACCAUCUUUAUCGACGACAGCACGGUCAGCCAGCCGAACCUCAAAAGCACAAUCAAAUGUGUGACGUUAGCAAUAUACUACCACAUAAAAAACAGGGACUCAGACCGGUCGCUGGACAUUUUUGACGAGAAGAAGCACCCUCUCUCGAGGGAGCGGGUUCCUGAGGACUACUCCCGGAUCGACCCGGAGCACAAGCUGAUCUACCGCUUCGUCCGCACGCUGUUCAGCGCCGCCCAGCUCACGGCCGAGUGCGCCAUCGUCACGCUGGUGUACCUGGAGCGCUUGCUGACGUACGCAGAGCUGGACAUCUGUCCUGGGAACUGGAAGCGCAUCGUGCUGGGGGCCAUCCUGCUGGCGUCCAAGGUGUGGGACGACCAGGCGGUGUGGAACGUGGACUACUGUCAGAUCCUCAAGGACAUCACCGUGGAGGACAUGAACGAGAUGGAGAGGCACUUCCUGGAGCUGCUGCAGUUCAACAUCAACGUCCCGGCCAGCGUCUACGCCAAGUACUACUUCGACCUGCGCUCGCUCGCUGACGACAACAACCUGAGCUUCCCCCUGGAGCCGCUGGGCACGGAGCGCGCCCAGAAACUGGAGGCCAUCUCCAGACUCUGCGAGGACAAGUACAAGGACCUGAGCAAGGUGGCCAUCCGACGCUCCUUCAGCGCCGACAACCUGGUGGGCAUCCGCCGUUCACACGCCGUGCUGUCCUAGGGGCUGGAACUACAGCCCCCAGAAUCCUCCCCGACACUGGCAGCCAUCUUGUGACCUCUGAGUCCACUGGGACUACAGCCCCCAGAAUCCUCCCCGACACUGGCAGCCACCUUCUGACCUCUGAGUCCACUGGGACUACAGGCAGUGCACUCCUUGGACCCAUCCUCUGCCGCGCCAUUGUGGCACCGGAACAUUCUGAGACUCCCUCCCUCACGGCGCGAACGGAAACUAACUGCAUAGGGACUGAGAUGUUUUAAAUAAAAAAAUUUUUUUUUUUUUUUUUUUCGGUUGUUGUUGCUUACUAUGUAGGCUACUAGCUGUGAACUUUGUCAGUUUUUAAUGGAAAUCAUUUGCAGAUGGAGUAUUUUAAAUAAACACUAACCAUGUAACAA